AUGGGUGAUGAAAUGCUAGUAGGCUUUAGGUUUUCCCCAACUGAGGAAGAACUGCUGUCUUAUUUUCUUCAAAUGAAGUUGAAUGGUGGGCCCACACCCUCCAUUGAUAGGGUUAUACCUCUCCUCCCCAUCUACCACUUCAGUCCUUGGGAGCUUCCACAAUUGGCCGGAGAAUUGUGUGGUGGUGGAGAUAGAGAGGAAUGGUUCUUCUUCACCGCAAUGCAAGAAAGGGAAGCCCGCGGAGGAAGGCCUAAUCGCCUCACAAACACUGGCUACUGGAAAUCUACUGGCUCUCCUUGCGAUAUUUUUAGCUCUCAAAAUCUUCGAAUCGGAAGGAGAAGGACCUUGGUUUUCUACACUGGCCGAUCUCCCCACGGUACUAAAACUAGCUGGAAAAUGAAUGAGUAUAAAGUCUAUGAUCAAUCUAAUUCUGAUGCUUCCAAUCCUCAGCUGAAGGAAGAACUCAGCCUAUGCCGAAUUUACACGGGAUCCUAUUUCCCGAGGGCGUAUGGUAGGCGGCCAGCAGCCGCGCACCACCAUCAACACAUAACUGAUAAUGAGGCUGUCAUAACAACUGAUAACAAUCAGCCUAUUUCAGCAAUGGAAAAUGGUCUUGAUUUCGAUAUGGAAACCGAAUUUGAACCUUUAGAUCAUUCCGAAAUACACAUGUUGCUUGACUUGUUUGACAUAUAAAAACUUUCUGCUGAAAUAUAGUACUAAUAUGUUCUUGUUAACAACAAAUAGUUGUGCUUAUUAUCAAGUGUUGGAUUAAAAAUGACAUUUGGUCAUCAAAUGUCAUGUUUGUAUUAGUGAGAAUUGUUUACAGUGGACAAGUACCACCUGAGGUUUGUAAGUUUUAUCAUGUGUUGGAUUAAUGAUGUUUGGAUUCA